UGUAAACAAAAAAGGUGAAGUUUCCAUCUGUUUUGACGUUUCAAGGCUUUUUAUAUUUUUAUCGUAUUUAUUAAAGUUUUUCUUCGGAUUUGUAGUCGUAAAUAGUGAAGUAUUUUUAAAAAAUUCGAAAUUCGACAUAGAUAAAGUUUCAAAAUGGGUGAACACAGUUUCGAGUCGAAUUUCGUAUCAAUGAAACAUUCAGUGCAGUUUUUAGAUAUUCAAGAUCAGUAUUAUUGCAAUGCUGAUCUGUUAUGUACCUUUAAAUUUAAUGACUAUGUCCCACAGGAGGGUGAUAGGGUUGCUAUUUUUAAGCUAGGAUGGAGUUUCGUUAAGGACUAUAUACUUUUUGAGUGGGCCCCUGUAGAUACAAAGUCUGAAGAUAAUAUUUAUACUGUAACAUUCAAUAAACAUGUGUUGCCCAAGAAGAAUUUUGAUGAGAUAUACCAAAUAUGUUAUCUUAGUGGAGAAAAUGAGUUACAUGGGGCUAGCUCACCCUUCCAGUUAUCUAGCGAAAAACCAAAACCAAUUGAAAUAUCGACAUCAGUAUUCACAGUUGAAGACAGUCUGUACCAAAGUUUAUCAAAACAUAAAGUAAUAUCUACAGUUCACUGUGAUCAUGAAGACGAAAUUAAAAAACUGAAAGAAGAAAAUCAAAUAUUGAAAGAAGCUCUUAAAGUGGCUUUGGCACAUAACGAGUCUCCCCAAUCAACUAGUAAAAACUAUGACAAAGAUAUAGCAGAUUUAAAACAAAUUACAGGUGAGUUAAAGAGUUGUUUAGAGAUGCAACGACAAGAAUUCGAUGUACUCAAAACGAAAAUAACAGAUAGCAAAGAAGAGUACAAAAAACUUUAUUUAGAGAAAUAUAAAAUCCACAAAAAAUACGAACAUCUAAAGACUAAGAUCGAAAGGGAAGCCAAACCCAAUAAUUUUCGUCUUGAGUUUGAUAUUUCCGACUUAGACUCUAUGCCACCUUUUCCUCUUUCUAAUUCUAAUGAUCUUAAUAAAUAAUUCGGACAUGGAGCUGAAGCUCUGUAUACUCUGUAUAUAUUUAUGUAUGAUGUAGCAUCACAUUACAGUAUUUUUGUUAUUCGAAAAUAGGUUUUACCUUGUACAGCCGUUGUGUGGUAUAGUUUUUGUGACGAUAGAUAUAUCUAAUUAUCUAGAUAAGAACAAACGAAUUAGUGCAAUAUAGAACAGGUCAGAAAUCACUAGGCUGUUCAAUAAGUUUUGCGGCUUGAUAAGAAAAAUACAAUUUUUAGGUUUCCUCUUCCUCAUCACAAAGACGGCACCGUGGGGGCCAUCAAGGGCGGAUCCAGGGAGGGGGCCAUGAGGGCCAUAGCCCCAUCCGAGAAUUUAAAAAAAUAUAAAUUUAAAUAUUUGCAGUUAAAAUGUUUUUAGGUUUAAACACAUAUAUGUAUAAAACAGAGGAUAAUCAUGUCUUUUGAACAAAAGCAGUAACGGAAGCUUCAAGAAUGACAUAGGAUGUUUUAUAAAUUAAAAUGUUGAUAAUUUUACAGAGUGCCGAUUGUUAGAACGAUCUUGGCAGCCAUUAAAAUCGUAUCAAUUUUCACAUUCUGUACACAUACAGAAUAAAAAAAAGAAGCGUUACUUGGGUCACCAGCACUGAGAACAAAAAAGUGGGUUGGUACUUUCGCACAUUCAAAAGGCAUUGUUUUGCAAGUACAUACUGCGUUUUAUUUUUCUAAUGAAAAAUAUGGCCAGAAUAAAGGGAUGACAGCCCAAAGCCUUGUCACUAAACCUUUAUCAUCUUUUGCCAAACUCAUGGGCAAAGACGGAGGCAUACAAACCCAUGAAAAAACAUCAUACCACAAGGAGUUCAUUCAGGUUGGGUUGGAUUUUCUAUAAAGUUAUCGCAACCUGCAAAAGUCAUUAACCAGAUAGACUCUCAGAGGUCUAAAGAGAUACAAGAAAAUUGAGAAAGACUACGACCAACAGUAAUCUAUAGAGUUCUUAGGUCAACAAAAUAUUCCUCUAAGAGGUCAUCGUGAUAAUGGCCUUCUGCUUCUGGACGAAGAUGCUAGACCUAGCAAUGAGGGGAAUUGUUAAGGUUUAAAAUCGCAUCAGGAGAUAAGACUCUUAAACAACACCUAUCCACAGCAUCUUCCUGAGCAACAUACAUUAGUAGCACCAUUCAAAAUAAAUUGAUAACAUGUUGUGAAGAAAUAAUUGAACAACUAAUGAAUCAGGUUCAAAGCGCAAAUUAUUACUCUGUCAUAUUUGACGAAACGAGUGACGUGUCCCACAUGGAACAGCUUUCUCUAAAUUUGAGAUACAUACACAAUAACAACAUUCGUGAAGACUUUGUCAAGUUCAUUGACGCCUAUGAGAACAUAAAAAUAAUUAGUGAAAAUCAAGAAAGAGGGGAAAAAGAAGGCCUGACAGGAAAAGCAUUGGAAAAAAUAGUAUUAAACUUAUUGAAAGAACUGCACUUGGAUCCGAAGAAAUGUGUAGGAAUCGGUACUGACUUUAAUAAUACUUUAUUUAUUAGUGUUACGUUUUGAAUGUCUUUAUGCUGAAAGUGUGUGAAAAGUGUCUUAAAACUAACCAAUAACAAUAAUUUUUAAAAAUUACCACCACACCCCCUGGUACUUCUCCCCAAAAAAAGGUCAUGGCCCCUCCCGAAAAUCGGUCCUGAAUCCGCCCUUGGGGGCCAUCCGCUGAUCCAAGCAGAUAUACACUGACAGGCACGAAAAACGGGCACUCCACAAAAUGGGAAAUUUUUGAUGUCUCGAAUUUCCUAAACCUGUUUUCUGAUUUAAGUGAUUUUUUAAAUAUCUUAUAUUCUUGAACAAUAUCGCUGUAAUAAUAUUGUUGCUAGGCAAGGUAAAUUAUCAUUGUAUACAGGGUGUACCAAUCAAACUGUGUUUUUUUCUCAAGUUCAAAACACUCUGUGGAAUAUUCUAGCAAAUUAAAACCCAACUAUAGCCUCAGGUUUUCUUAACAUUUUGUUUUUUGAUUCAAUCGCUUAUGUUGAAUAAUAAAAAAGUUAGAUACUUUAACAACUAGCCAUGUUCUUCAUCAAUCAGGGUGUUUCUAAAUAAGUGCGACAAAUUUUAAGGGGUAAUUCUGAAAAAAUAAUGAUCAUUAGCUUUAUAAACAUUUGUCCGCAAAUGCUUCGUUUCCGAGAUACGGGAUGUUGAAUUUUUUCUUACAAACUGACGAUUUAUUUAUUGCUCUACAACCGGUUGAGAUACGCAAAUGAAAUUUGGUAGGUUUUAAGAGGUAGUUAUUACGCACUUUUUGACAUACAAUUCAGAAUUUUAUAUUCACCAUAGGCGUGCAUACUUGUCAGAUGACGAGUCAUAUUACCCGUAUGCACGCCAAUGGUGAAUAUAAAAUUCUUAAUAAUUGUAUUUCAAAAAAUAAGGAAUAACUACCUCUUAAAACCUACCAAAUUUCAUUUGCAUAUCUCAACCGGUUUUAGAGCAAUAAAUAAAUCGUCAAUUUGUAAGAAAAAAUUCAACAUCCCGUAUUUCGAAACGAAGCAUUUGCUGACAUUUGUUUAUAAAGCAAACAGUCAUUGUUUUGUCAAGAAGAAUUACCGCUUAAAGUUUGUCGCACUUAUUUUGAAACACCCUGUAUUGAUGAAGAACAUGGCUAGUUGUUAAAGUACCUAACUUUUUUAUUAUCGAACAUAAGCAAGUGAAUCAAAAAACAGAAUGUUAAGAAAUCCUGAGUCUAUGGUUGGGUUUUAAUUUCAGUAUUUUAUAAAUGCUAGAAUAUUCCACACAGUAGUGGGUUGAACUUUGAGAAAAAACACAGUUUGAUUGGUACACCCGGUAUACGAUGACAGUUUAUCUGUCUAGAAACAAUAUUAUUACAGCGAUAUUGUUAAAGAAUGAGACUAUAACAUAUUAAAAAAAUAACUUAAAUCGGACAACAGGUUUAGUAAAUUCGAGACAUAAAAAAUUUGGGGGUGCCCGUUUUUCGUGUCGGUCAGUGUAGAUGUCUUCUGACUUUACAGCAUCUACGGUUCGGAAGGAAAAGUUGAGCUGUAAGGCGUCGUUUAAACACAACGACAAGUCACAGCAACUAGUUGUGAUGAUAAGUUGAAACGCUGUUUAGACGCUGCGAUUCAAUGCGAUACCACCUUCAACCCAACUCCAACUUUGAUAAGUUGUGCGAUGCACCGUUUACACACAAUGAUAAGUUGCAACAACUCGAUUGACCUUGAUAAGUUGUUUGAUUUAUCGCUGUGUUUAAACGACCCUUAAGAUGAGUAGGUAAUAAACGGAUAUGAUCAUUGUUUCAAACAUCUGCAAAAGUUGUUUGAAUUGAACACGGGCGCCCAUAUAAAAAUUUUCAGGGGGGGGGGCAGACGUGAAGAUGUUGCACAUUAUAUUUUGUAUACUUUGGGCGCCCAUGGAAUGGAAUAAGACCUGAAGAUAUAUGUUCAAUAUUUUGGUAAGCUGUACAAGGGCGAGUGUUUUUUACAUUUUGACUUCAAAUUUCCUCAAAAUGUAGUUACAAUAGAAUUGACGAUUUAAUGAUAACGGGACUAUCGGGGAAUUACCUGAGAGAGUUAUUAUAAAUAACAAAUGAGAUAACGAUUUACGAUUAGGUAAUAAAGAUUUUUGAUGAAUUUGAAUUGAUAUAUUUACUUUAAUUAACAAAAUAUUUUAUCAUCAUCAUAAUGGUUUUCAGUGUAUUGUAUUUAUUAUACAGGGGAAUCCCAAUAUAAACAGUUAAUAUUAACACUAACAAAUACAAAACUCGUUUCAUAAUAGAGUGCAUGGAUAAAAUUAUCGAAUAUUUGAAAAAGAUUGAAUUUCUACUCAUUUUCUCCUCGUUUUUUUAGUGCUUACAUAUUCCUUGGACUUCUACUAUUCUCCUUAUCAUAGGCAUAUUUCAGUGCGUCACAGUUUUUCGAUUUCUUUCUAACGCAUUAAGUUGGAAGUGACAGAAAAAAGGUACGUCCGUGAUUAAAAUUAUUUAUAAUAUUUAUUGUAGUCGUUGAUAGAUAGCGCUAGAAUCGGACAAAAAAUUAUUUAUGUAUUAUCUAUAAUCUAUACGACUAUAAUCUGUACAAUUUAUAAAACUAUACAAAUCAAAGAACAUACCUUUUUAUAAAUGAAAUAAACACAAUUGAUUUGUUUUUAUACCAAAUUAAGAUUACGAUUUUGACAACUGUCAGUUUUAAAUAAAAUAUGCUAUGAUAUGAUUCUCUACAUUAUUAAAAUCAUAUAUUACAUCAUUAAUGACACACUGAAAGACUGAGAAAAAUUUUAAAUUAUAGUAUAGAUAUGUAAUAGGUAAAUCGGUAAACCUAAAUAUUUUUUUCGAUUAUAGCGCCAUCUAUCAACAACUGGAAUAACUGUUAUACCUACAUGCGUAUGUAUCUCGGACGUGCCUUUUUUUUCUGUCACUUGCGUCACAAUGAAAAAAGCUCCUGAGAAGAGCCAUACCUAGAAGUUAGAAUACGUUGUUAGAUCGAAUCGAAGUUUUUACAUUUUACAUGAAACAAGAUUGGUUUUUCUAACGCGCCGUUUUAGCUCAUCUCAUAUUGUGUUCUAUCGGAUUUAAGUCCGGGCUGCGUAUUUACGUUUCCGUGUUCAUUUCAAGACAGGGUAGUUUUGAAAUAGGCACGGAAACGGCAGAGCAUAUUUGCUUUCAAACACGACGUGUGCAUUUCAAGAGGUUUAAUUUUGAAAUGCGCACUGGUUUGUAAAAGAACUUCGCGCGUAAAGUUAUCACAAAUACGUGUUAAAUUGUUACGGUUUUUUUUAUUCUAUUCAAACUGUUUAUCACAAAUAGCUCCAAUCUCAGAAUAACAAAUUAUCAUUCGUUGGAUCUUUUUUUUUCUUUAUAAAUUUUAAAAAAACUAAAAGUAGUACAAAAAUAUCCUGUCUUAAAGUAAACUAUUAUGAUACGUAUACAUCAGCACUUUUUUUCGCUUUUGUAUUUUCUCUAGGCGAUCUACCUGUUAUAUAGAGUGUCCCAAAAGUAGUGGAACGGUCGAAUAUUUCGCGAACUAAACAUCGGAUCGAAAAACUGAAAAAUACGUGUUCAAUCAUUUUCAAAAAUCUAUCCAACGACAACAAACACCAAUCCCCACUACACCCUCUGGAGGUGGGGUGGGGGCUAACUUUAAAAUCUUAAAUGGAAAUCUCCAGUUUUUCUUGCACAUUUGGAUUCGUUACGUAAAAGUAGGCAACUUUUAUUCAAGACGUUUUUUCGAACUGUGGAUAGAUGGCGCUAUAAUUGGGAAAAACGAUUUAUCCUGAUACCGUAGGUAAAUUAUAGAAACGGUCUAAUAUCUCACGAAAUACACUUCCAAAUGAGAAACCAAAAAACAGAUUUUUAAUCUUUUUUGAAAACCUAUCGAAUAACAACAAACAUGACCCUCCAACCCACCCCCUGGAUGUGGGGUGGGGGUAACUUUAAAAUCUUAAAUAGCAACCCCCACUUUUUAUUGCAGAUUCGAAUUCGUCAUAAAAAAUUAAGCAACAUUUAUUCGAAACAUUUUUUAAAAUUUCUGAUAGAUGGCGCUAAUAAAUCGAAUUUUUCCAAUUACGGCGCCAUCUAUUAACAAUUCCAAAAAAUGUUUCGAAUAAAUGUUACUUAAUUUUUAUAGCGCCAUCUAUCCACAGUUCGAAAAAAUGUCUUGAAUAAAAGUUGCUUACUUUUAAAAACAGGGGGUUUCCAUUUGAGAUUUUAAAGUUACCCCCCACCCCACCUCCAGGUGGUGUAGUGGGGGUUGGUGUUUGGUGUCAUUGGAUAGAUUUUUGAAAAUGAUUGAACACGUAUUUUUCAGUUUUUCGAUCCGAUGUUUAGUUCGCGAAAUAUGCGACCGUUCCACUACUUUUGGGACACCCUGUAUAUUCAAGUUUUUCAUUUCUACGGAAAUAAAUCUACAGUUUAUAUAUAUCUGUAAAAAUAUCUGGAAAAAUCUAUAUAAAACAAAGAAAAACCUACUGAUUGUUCUUUUUUUUUGUCUCCAUCAGUGCCUUGUUCAUUCCUGGAUAUACAUACAAACAAGAGCAAUCAGUAGACUUCUCUAUAGAUUUUGUAUGUAGAUUUAUUUCCAAAUGAAAAACUUAUACGAAAUGAAAAUAUAACAGGCAGAUCGUCUAGAGAAAAUUGAAACAAACUGUGGGGUAAAAAUGGUAAAUGCUGAAAAGCAUUUGACAAAAGAGAAAAAAAUUGCUGAUAUAUACGUAUCAUAAUAGUUUACUACAGAUUUAGUAAACUUACAGUUUACUAAGACAAAAUAUUUUGGUACUGCUUUUGAGUUUUUUUGAAAAUUUAUAAAGAAAAAAAAGAUCCAACAAAUGAUACUUUGUUAUUUUGCAGAUAGGAGCUAUUUGUAAAAAACACUUCAAAUAGAAUAAAAAACCGUGACAAUUUAACAUAACAUAACGCGUAUUGGUGAUAACUUUGCGCACGAAGUUCUUUUACAAACCAGUGCGCAUUUCAAAAUUAAACGUCUUGAAAUGCACACGUGUUUGAAAGCAAAUAUGCUUCGCCGUUUCCGUGCCUAUUUCAAAACUACCCUGUCUUGAAAUGAACACGGAAACGUAAAUACGCAUCCGGGCUAUAUGGUGGCCAAUCCAAAGUUUGAAUCUGAAGUUUAUGUAAUCAGUUACUAGGCCACUGGGAUCGCGCUUAUCAUCCGAUAAGUCGGGCUCUGGCCUUCUCCAGCAUCCCUUUCUUUGGAUACCUGGAACCUCCAGUUAUCCACCCUGAAUAUCUCUUUAGCAUCAGCAUCGGUUCUCACUUUGUCUAUUCACCUCUUUCUUGGUCUUCCUGCUGACCAGUAUCCCACCAUAGUUUAACUAAGCGUUGUAGUGUAUUAUCCAUUCUUAUAAGGUGACCUGUCCAGUGCAAUCUUUGUAUUUUUGCAUAAUUUGCUAUAGACACAUCAGUUUACUUCAAUAAUUUUCUAGUAACAGCAAAUAUUCGAUAAUUUUGUCCUCAAGUAUAUAUUUAUUUUAACCUGUCAUAUAUUUUAUGGUUAAAACUUAUUCCACAAUAGACAAUAUGUUUGAGAAUAGGAUCUUCUCGUUUUCUAUGAAUGUAGAUAAUGAUAAUAGCAAUCGGCUUAAUGAGUUAUAUUUUUGUUCUUGUGAUCUCUAUUUUGUAUAGGUAGUUAAUAAUAUUUUUGUAUUGUCAGGAUCAGAAUAUGAAAUUUUGUAGAUAGGAAGUUUUUCCAUUUAUUUAUUUAUUUCGUAGUUGUAUAUAUUUCUGAAUAAAAUAUGUGUAUUACUUUGGUAAAA